GGCCUUCUUUAUGGUGGUUGUAGACAAUCUGAUCUAGCUGGGAGCACGCCUAGUCUUCAUAAUUGAUCAGUCGAACCGUAGACUAAACUCGCAUUGCAAUCAAGUUGAAGACGACCAAUGACUGAGAAAUCUGAGCUAAUAGGAACGACGGAGGCAUUUCGGUGCCAGAUGUCAGCCAUACUGACAGGUCAUCGAGUGCCCUGACGGCCAUCCAUAGCAAGGCAAGAAGAGGAAGUAUGGUCUUUCUCCGAAGCAUGAGUUUUCUCCGAAACAACAUGCCUAGGGAACAUCUCCCAGAUGGUUUCUUCUCUAAUCCAUGAUGUAUGUAGACUCACUAGGGAAAGAGCCGACUAUUGAUCAGCUCGAUCGUCAACUCGUCCAUCAUCAUCCUCGCCAAUCAUCAGCAUCGUAUUCGCCAUCGCCUACACUAGUGACUACGCCGAGAUCCACUGACCACCAUCUAACAGACUUCAGCAUGUCCUCCCUAGGUCUUCCAGGUCCCUUCAACAGACCUCCAGGAGACGCUGACCUCCAUCGGAGCUGGAACGCCUUUCUCGACAAGCACGGCCUCCGAAGCGUCUGGCAGACAACCCGGGCCGAUAUCAACGACCUCUGCAAGACCGCGCUCUUAGCUCUGCAAGUCUCACGGAGUCAGCAGAUUGCUCUCGAGGACUCUAUCCUCGACCUCUGGGAUCAUAUGGGCCUCACGGUGGACCACCUCAACCCAGACGCGAACCCAUUAUGGAGAGCCGAUGAACAGCUUGUCAAGCCCACGGCACUGCGGCUUCAGAAGCAGCGGCACCAUCUCCAGGUACAGAUGGAUAUGUGCCACAACGAGGCCCACUGGGACCAGGUGUGGCUCGAGCUAGACAUGAGCACCAGUCCACCGACUGUACUGUCUAGCGAGAGACCGUUCUCGCCAACCGCCGUCGUCUCCGGAGAGGAUACGAGUUUGAAUAAGCAGGAGGAGAAGGAGGGGCCCGCGGAAGAGAGUAAAAUACUCAGGGUCGCCCAGACGCUGGCACACACGAGGUACUUCCUUGGCCAUGCAGCGGGAGACCCAAUCUUCUCCUACGAUGGCCGAAACUUCGCCUAUCGUGGCCGAGUCCCCCGCGACCCCAUGGAGGAUGUAAUGCGCUUGCAGAUAAUCCUUCCAAAGGUUCUCGCACAGCUCGUGACCCUCAUGGCAUUCUCCGCCUCCUCCUCCUCUUCGACACUGGACUUUCCAGCAGGGUGCAUGGAACUGCUCAAACGCGUCGACGACCCAUCCGAUGAGCUCCUCUUGAGAAUCUGCACAUUAUGGAUGUUGAGAUUCAGUGGGGGCUUCCCGGCGACAUACGCGCGCUUCCUCGACGCCAGCCCAGUCGUACGAGAGUUUGCCUGGCUCGUCUGGGACAUGUACAACGACGCUGACGGGCUCUGGUGCAGAGAUACAACUCGUAACUGUGCAAGUCUGAUUGAGACCUUCAAGCCCCUCUUCAGAGUGUUGUCAUUCAAUCGGAGUCCAGCUUCGGUGUCGCCUGGUGCAGUGCUGAAUAAUCUUGCGAGAUUACACCAAGUGGAGGACGAAAUGGAGGCCAGAGAACUCGUCUUUGAGCAGAAGGAGUACAGUGUUGCUUUGGUGUAUGAUGCAUCAAUCUGCCAGGUAAGUCGCCAAAGAUUUCCGAAUCCCCAGGCCCCAGCUUCUUCCUAUUUCCCUGUCGUCGAGGAUGGUUUACAUGGCAAAUGGGAAUAGUGUAGAUGAUUGUGG